GGCUUGCGAGUUCAUCUUGUCAACGACGACCAACAUCAGGCCGCCGACCCCGACGCUCUUCGACGACGCCCGCGCGACGCCGAGGACCAUAUCAGCUCUGUCUAUACUGGACUCUGGACUGUAUCAUAUCCCGCCAUGGUCGCCGCAGGAUCUAUAACGGUGGCCGUCCGCGUAAGACCACCGACAGCAUGGGAGGCGCAGAGACUGCCGGAACCCUCUUAUGAUACGACCAUCCGCGGCGAUGGUGCCCUUUCGACCCCGGGCCGCGCAACCACAUCCUCCAUGCUGCGGCACAUCGUCGAGAUAAUUGACGACCGCAUCCUUACCUUCGAUCCGCAAGAGCGUGAUCCCGCGAAGGCCUUUAUGGAGAGAGGAUUUAUGCCCCCUGGCACGAAGCGGUACAAGGACAAGCGCUUCAUGUUCGACCGCGUGUUCGACCACGAGGCGCGACAGCAAGAUGUGUACGAUGCGACUGCGCGCCCCCUGCUCAAGGGCUUGUUGGAUGGCUACAAUGCUACCGUAUUUGCAUAUGGCGCAACAGGUUGCGGCAAGACGCACACGAUCAGUGGCACGGAAAGCGACCCAGGCAUCAUCUACUUGACCAUGGCCGACCUCUUCCAACGCAUUGAGGAGCGUAAAGAAGACUACAACGUAGAAGUCAUGGUCACCUUCCUCGAAAUUUACAACGAAGAGAUCCGCGACCUUCUCGCUGAGCCUGGCGCAGCGCAACCUCGCGGCGGUCUUUCCAUACGCGAGGACAAGUCCGUGAAGGUAGUCGGCCUGACAGAACUGAAGCCGAAUACCGCGGACGAUGUCAAGGAGAUCGUGCUUCUGGGCAACAGCCGUCGAACCCAAAGUCCAACGCACGCGAACGAGACCAGCUCACGCUCACACGCUGUUCUUCAAGUUCACGUCACUCAGUCGCCUCGCACCGCAUCUCUCACGGAGCAGAAGACCUGCGGUACUCUGUCUAUCAUCGACUUGGCUGGAAGCGAGCGUGCUGCGGCUACGACCAACAUGGGCCAGCGCAUGGUCGAGGGCGCCAACAUCAACAAGUCCCUUCUCGCCCUUGGAAACUGCAUCAACGCCCUCUGCGAGAGCGGCGGCGCCGUGCGCCACGUGCCCUACCGCAACAGCAAGCUCACGCGCCUCCUCAAGUUCUCCCUCGGCGGCAACUGCAAGACGGUCAUGAUCGUCUGCGUCGCGCCCACCUCGCAGCACUUCGACGACACGCACAACACAUUGGUCUACGCCGAGCGCGCGACGCGGAUCAAGACGAAGGUUGUGACGCGCAAUGUCGUUAACGUUAACCGCCACGUCGGGCAGUACGUCGAGGCAAUCAACCGCCUGAACAUCGAGAUCGCGGAGCUGAAGCAGAAGCUCGCGGGCAAGCAGGCGGCGGAGAAUGACGUGACGCGGAGGAAGAAGGCGGAGGCGAGCGCGGAGGUGCAGCGCGCGAAGGGUGAUAUGCAGGCGAAGCACGAGCAGACGCACGUCGCCAUUGUGGAUGGUGCGCACUGCUCUGCUAGACUCGCAGUCGCCAGCACGCGCCUGGCAGCCAUCAGGAGCAGGUUGGAUGAGAUUGCUGCCAUUGAAGCAUCUUCUCCGUCUCCUCUGCCUGCAGACCUACUCGCCGAGCGCUCGGUGCUGCAGUCCCUCGCCAAGCCAGAGGAGGAGGCGAUCCACGUCACGUCGAACUGGAACACGCGGUUACACAAGUCGUCCAACGCCAGUGCGAUGUUCGACGCGACUAUGCGAGCCGUCUCCGAGCGGCGCUCCGACCGAUUGGACGACGUCAGCGUCGAGAACGUCAAGCUCGACGCCCGCUGCCAUCGCGCGGAGCUGGAGAAGGCGAAGGCCGAGGCGGAGAGGGAUGUACUGAAGGAGGCCGUGGGCGAUAUCUCGCAGCUCAUGGUCGGCCUGGCGGGCAUCGUCGGCCGCUGCACGGUCAAGAUCGGCGACGCGAGCCGGGCGCUGAACAACGCGGUCAAGAACGACGCAGAGAAUAUGGAGAGCGUGGUCAAGCGCGUGGCGGGGGUGUUGGAGACGUUGAAGGAGAAGAACGACGAGGCAUUUGCGGAUUUGGUGGGGCAUACGACGGCGGACUACUCAUCGGAGCAGCGCAACCCGGAUGUGUAUGGCCUGGGCGACUUCAAGGGCUAUGGGGCUGCGUUCACACGCCGUAUCAGCUCGGGGCCUGCGGUCUUGCAGUCUCAGAACAACAAUGCGUCGUCGUCGCGUCGCGCGUCGCUCUACGAGACUAACGGCCACGAAGCUGGUUCUCCUCGCCGCCGCGCCCCGCGCCGGUCGACGCGCACGAGUCUGGCGUCUCAGCCGUACCGUCGUGCGCCCGAGCGCGAGCGCAAGGUGUCGAAGGGCAAGAACGUGCAAUGGAAGGACGAGGCCGGCCAGGGCUCGCUGGACAUGUCGAUGCGUGACCCGCCGCCCGACUUCAACCUGUCCGUCAUCCCGGCCAGUCCCGCACCUGCCUCCGCAGCGAACAUAAGCACGGCGUCCGCCUCGGGGCGUAACUCGUCCAUGUCUAUGGGCGGGUCGGAGAGCGACUGGGAGGACGUGACGGAUCGCGGGGACAACAGUUUCGCGGGCCCGUCACCUUCGGCUCCCUCGUCGUCUUCGAACCUGCUGAAUGCGUCGACGUCUGGACCGCCGGGGCGCAAGCGCCCGAGUCGCCUUGAUCCUAGCUUCCUGAAGGCUCGCAAGGGCGCCGGACCUGCGCUUGGUAGUCUUACCGAGGCCGACGAGACGCUUGGUACACCGCGCCGUGGCAAGCCUCUGUCCGACCGCAGCAUGAACCAGCCUGAGGAGUCCCUCUCCGCCGUGCUUUCGCAUAACAAGGGCAAAGGGCACGCUAGCCCGCGUCGCCCGCCGCCAACACCGCGAGGCGCGGCAGGGAGGCGGCGGUCGGGUAUCGGUCUUGGAGGUAGGGAGAAGGGCCGCCGCCGCUCGAGCAUGAUCCCUCAGCUGUCGCCGCCCAGCGCGAGCGUGGGGCCGAGGCGGGUGGUGAUCAGCAGCCCGGCGAAGCGCGUGAAGCGGCCCUCGAUGGCGGGGCGGCCAGUGAACUCGUUCACGGCGAAGUUGCGCUCCGCGGGGGUGGGGAACACGUCGGUGGUGGAUCCAAACACGAGUGGAGGGGAUACGAGCUUCCGGUCGAAGCCAACCUGGCGUUGAAGGAGUGUAGAGAGCCUAAUGCGAGCCUUGUAUGAUCCUAGAUUUUGAUUUUGGCGUAUGUGUGCACUAUCGAGUCGUCCUGCCAGUGGAUGUGGAUGCCUUUUCGUAUAUUUUCUUCUCUUGACUUGAUGUGCAGUGUACCCGUACGCGUUCUGUAUCAUGUUUCCUUUCGUCUUUCGCCGUCACGCACCUUUAUGACCAUGCACGCGCCGAAUGAAUACCCAUGACUGUUGACCUGGAAUAUGGUGUGCAGAUGUGGACAUCACAAGGGAGGAUGAGUAUUACAAGAAAAGGCAAGGCUUGUGCAAUGUAUCCACGGGGCCACUGGUGUAAGUGAGGAAAGGGAAACAGGCUAGGAAUACAACAACACAUAUCUACGCGGCUUCCUCUUUCUUCACCUCCUCUUCCUUCUUCUCCUCGGCUGCCUCCUCCUUCUUCUCCUCAGCGGCCUCUUCCUUCUUCUCCUCAGCAGCGGGCUCGGCGGCGGCGG